AAGAAUCAGAUGGCUCAACAGAGACAGUUUCCGAUGGAAGGUAAUAAUCAUAACAACGAUACGAAGUUGACAAAGAUCUUCGUGGGAGGAUUAGCGUGGGAGACGCAGAGAGAUACAAUGAGACGUUACUUCGAACAGUUCGGUGAAAUCGUUGAAGCAGUCGUCAUUACUGAUAAGAACACUGGAAGAUCCAAAGGAUAUGGAUUUGUGACGUUUAAGGAAGCAGAAGCAGCAGCGAGAGCUUGUCAGAAUACGAAUCCUGUGAUCGAUGGAAGAAGAGCAAACUGCAAUCUUGCUUGUCUCGGUGCUCAGAAACCUCGUCCUCCUACUUCUCCCAGACAUGGAACAGGGAGAUUUAGGUCACCUGGAGGAGCAGGAUUAGUUGCUCCUUCUCCUCAGUUUCGAGGCCCUCCUUCUUCCUCUGCUUUUGUUCAUCAUCAGCAACAGCAACACGCUGGUCAAUUCCCUUUUCCUUACUCUGCUUACGGGUUUUCUGGUUAUCCUCAAGAGGGAAUGUACCCAAUGAACUACUACAAUCAUCAUCUCUAUGGAGGGCAACAGUAUUCUCCAUAUAUGGGAACUCCAUCGCCAGGAGCAACAGGAAUGUUCCAUGGUUACUAUCCUUUCUAUGCUCAAUACAACGCAGCACAAAGUAGCAAUCAAGCUCAAGCUCAAGCUCAAGCUCAAGCUCAAGCUCAUCACCAACAUCAUCAAGGUUUCAGCUUUCAGUACACAACUCCUCCUGCUCCAACACCUCUGUUGCAAUACCCUUACUUGCCUCAUCAGCAGUUCAGCUCUCAGCCUCCUCCGCCUCCAAUCCUCUCCCUCCCAACCUCUUUGGCUCUGUCGUUAUCAUCUUCAGCUUCGUCUUUAACUUCCACAUCAGCUGCGACAACAGCAACAAAAACGGUAGUGAUUACUACAUCGGCAACGAAAGCAGCAGCUGAAGGAAGUAACAAAGAUGGACAUGAAGCAAUUACAUCAUCCAUCAAGAUAGAAGAUUGA